AAGACGGAGGCGGAGACAGGCGGAGCUGGACUAAAAUCAUUAUGGAAAAAAAUAUUGGGCAAUGAGAAAAUUGAAUAAUUACCUUAUCACUACAAUGGAUUCCUCGGUGGAAAACAGCAUGUAUGUAAACAAAGUGUGGGUUCAAUGUGAGAAGGAAAAUUGUUUGAAAUGGAGAUUGUUGUCAAGUGAGGAUGCAGCCAAAGUUGAUCACAGCGAACCAUGGUACUGCUUCAUGAACACGGACUCAAGAUACAAUAAGUGCUCCGUUUCUGAAGAAGACUUUCCUGAAGAAUCUCAGCUUCAUCAAAAUGGAUUUAGGAUCGUCUAUUCACAGCUCCCUCUUGGAAGCCUGGUUUUGGCAAAAUUAUGUAAUUGGCCAAGUUGGCCAGGGAUACUUUGCACUGAUCCUUUUAAAAGGAAAUAUGUGGCCUAUGACCUGGAUGGAAAUGUUGAAAAGUACCAUAUAGAAUUUCUGGGUGAGCCCCAUACAAGAUCAUGGACAGAUGCAACAUUUGUUGGGCACUAUAGUAUUACAUUAAAGCCAGGACAAUGUAAGAAGAGGAAGAAGUGGUAUGAAAGUGCCCUACAAGAAGCAUACUUACUCUCUGGAUAUUCUCAUGAGCAAAGACUGGCAAAGUGCUACCUAUCAAGACAGGAUACAUCCAAAGCAGAUACCAAAAUUGCUGUGGUGGCCAAAAAAAGGAUGCAAGGUUCCAAGACCAACAUUGAAGAGAAAAGGCCUAAAUUUAGAAAAAGGAAAAGGAAAGCUAUUUUAAAAGGUUCCUUUGAAAAUGUUUGUUCAGAUGAUGCCUUAUCAAAGGAAAACAUGGUUGUUUCUGAGGCGGAAAUUUUACUCAAAGAACUGGAGCAAAUGCUACAGCAAGCACUAGAGCCCACUGCGAGCCCAGAGGAGUGUGAAGGGGAACAUGGAGGAGAAACAAUUCCGGGAGAAAAGCCACCUCAGUGCAGUUCGGAAGCAGCUACAGACAGUCCAGUGGAGAACGACUGUGAAGAGGACUAUCUUGUAAUUGAUGGUAUUAAAUUAAAAACUGGAGAAUGUAUUGAGAAUAUCACAAACAAGUUUAAAGAAAUAGAUGCUUUGAUGUCUGAAUUUUAGGGAAUGACAUCAAUUUCCAAAGUUAGUUAUGAAAAUAUUUACAUCUUUGUUUUUUCUAGAAGUCAAAAGCUUGAAAAUGCUUGGCCAAACAGUACACACAAUUCAUAUUUGUAACAGCUUUGUAUUUUGAGAAUGCUGUUUUAACAGCCAUCAAAUGGGAUUUUAGGUUACUGUUAAGAAUUUAGAGUUGGCAAAACCUUGAUGUAUAUUUGUAUUUGCAGGUUAUCUUCCUUGUUUGCCUUCAUUUUCUAAAGCUUUAUGGAAUUGAUUGUAUAAACACACGCUUUGCACUGAUGACUUAGGACUUUGAUUCUAGUGUUGUUAACUAUCAAAAUGGUUGCCAGAGUGAAUAUAAUUCUUAGAGAUAAUUCAGAUCUAAUAUCCAUAAAAAAAAUGUGUAUUUGUAGUGGAAUUCAACUGCUACCAAAUAAAUGGAAAAAUUGAAACAUG